AAAGGGUAAAAAAUAGGAUGUAAACUGGAGAUUUGGCAUAUGAGCAGAGUAUGAAUGGGCAGACGACACAUUUUAGAACAGGAGUAAAGGCGAAGGGGAUUCUCAGAUACAGCAGGGAUGUAGGAGGUAGACCAGAUGUCGAGUGGCAGCGACAUCUCAGAAGAGAUUCAAGAGGAAAUUCAAGAUGAGUACGAACUGUCCAGUCUCUCGAGUGCUGUUGCCAACUCCCCGCAUCCACCUGAAGAUCUUGAGGGGAUUAGGUCCGCAGAUGAUGGUGACAUUCCAUCAUGGGGUUCGGCACAGAGAGAGACAAGCACUCAGUCUCCGUUACUCUUCUCACGGGAGGAGAGGGAUUUUCAGAAGGCCGAGAAAGAGACAUCGUCCUCUCUCUGUGGCGUAAACAUACUACCAGAGCUUGCCCAAAGAGAACAAAGUACCGAGGGCAUAGAAGCAGACCUUGCCAGUAGGUAAGGG